GGCCUAUAAAGACCCCAACAUUGACUAAAAGGGUGCAAGAGACCAUCAGUUUCUCCAGUCCCCAGUUGAAGUUGCAGAAGUGACAGGAGCGUCAACAUGAGCCGCAGUCCAGAGAGGAUGUCCUCAUACCGCCGGCACUUCGAGGGCGCCUGGGCCGCCCCUCCUGCCUACCAGCUCCGGGUGUCCAGUCCCUCUCCCAGCCGCAGGGACACUCGCCACCGGUCGGUCAGCUUCACCCGGAGCGGAGGCUCGAUGGGGCGGAGGGCCAUCUCCAACAAGGCUCGCAUGACCAGCAGUGUGAGUAUGGGAGCUCUGUGCUUUGGUAUGUCCAUGGGGCUCGGGCCCAAACUGGACCUGGAUGCAGCAGCAGCAGAGAACCAGGCCUUUAUGAUGACUCGCACCACUGAGAGGAAGGAGAUGGUAGACCUCAACGACCGCCUGGCAGCGUAUAUUGAAAAGGUGCGAACCCUGGAGUCAAAAAACAAGCUGCUGGAGGUUGAGAUUGAGGCCCUGAAGAGCCGCCAUGUCAGACCAUCAGGCCUCAGGCAGCUGUACGAGGUUCAGCUGAAGGAGCUCAACAGGGACGCAGAGAGAAUGAGAGUCCAGCGGGAUAUGUCUUUGGCAGCCAAGGAAGCGAUGCUGGGCCAGUUGGACAUGCUGAAGGCCAAAUACGAGGAGGCCGUGGAUGCCCGCAAAAAGACGGAGCAUGACAUUGAGAAUCUCCGUCCGGAUGUGGAUAAAGCAACCUCAGCCCGGAUUAAGCUGGAGAAACAGCUGGAAAACCUGGAGGUGGAGCUGGUCUUCCUGCAGAGAGUUCAAAAAGAGGAAAUUGAGGAGCUGGUGCAGCAGAUCUAUUCAUCAACCGCCAAGGUGGACAUGACCUUUGGCCUCCCGGACCUCUCCUCUGCUCUCAAGCAGAUUCAGUCUCAGUAUGACAGCAUCGCCGCUAAGAACCUGCAGGAAAUGGACACUUGGUACAAGACAAAGUUUCAGGACCUGAGCAGUGCCACCAGCAAACACGUUCAAAGCACUCGAAGUGUGAGAGAGGAAAUCGCAGGCUAUAAGAAGGAUCUUCUUAGCAAGGAACGUGAGUUGGAGGCGCUGAAGACGAGGAACGAGUAUUUGGAGGCUCAGAUUCGCGAUGCGGUGGAAAAAUACAAGAAGGAGGAGGAGGACUUGCAGGAGCGUAUAGAGGCGAUUAAACUGGAUCUGAAGAUAACCAAGGAGAAGAUCGGCCUGCUGCUGCGGGAAUACCAGGACCUGCUAAAUGUAAAGAUGGCUCUGGAGAUUGAGAUCACCACCUACAGGAAGCUGAUCGAGGGGGAGGACAGCCGUCUUGGCACCAUGGUCCAAAACCUGUGCAUAACUGGAGGCUCGCAUCUCACUUCUAGUGUAAGCAUGCGUGCUGCCUCAGCCUCAGCUUCUUCAGUCUCUGAUAGCUCAGCCACUUCAAAGCCAGGCGGAAACCCCAGUGGCACGAGCAGUAGCGGUGCUGAGAAAGCUGCGGGUGCUCCCAGAGUGGAGGUGUCCUCAUCAGACACCCAGACAGAUGGUAACUUAGAGGAGCAGGCAACGGAGACGUCUGAGAGGAAGACUGUCCUAAUCAGAACAGUUAAGACAGAUGAGGACACUUAUGAGAGCGACACACAGGAGCGCACCAUCACCAUUUCUGGAGCAGCCGACGACACCGAUGAAGAAGAAUAAACCGUUUAUCGACCCCAAAUCUCACUGAGCGACCCAUGCUAACUAUAUGCUGUGCAAAUGUCAUGUUAUUCUGUUUUUUUCCAAUGCUUUAAAAAAUCCUAGAAUUCAAUAUUGUAUUGGGAAAAAAACACACAACUUGUACUCAAGCAGCCCAUUUCAAGGAUUGUGUUUAUCCUCCAUGGAGACUUUACAUUAAGAAAGCUACACACUGUGUCCAGUCACUCUGCUCUGCCUGCAACUAACUCACAAUGCUUUUCUGCUAUUUUAAACCUCCUGUGUGUCGGGAACGUGUCUUUUAAAAGUAACAAAAUAAAAAAGCAAGCAAUCAUA